GGAGGGACCGGUCGUAAUUCGGGUGGGGAAAAUAAUAACGCAGAAGGAAGUGUGUCAUGCUGGAAUAUUGAGUAUCCCUGUUACUGUAUUCAGAGUUUCCAGGAUCCAUUCAAACAUUUUAAAAGAAGCGAAAGCAAUCCAUAUUCACAUGUCUCCGACGUCUAGAAUGUUGCUCGACGAGAGUCCGCUGUUUGAUCCAUCUCUUCUCCAAGAGCUGGACUGGAGCAGCAACACCGUCUCCUUCUCCCCCCAAAUCUCCCCCUUGCAGCCUGGUGAUUGUCUGGUGCUCCGACCCCUCUGUACUGCUGACCUAGACAGAGGCUUUUACAAAGUCUUAUCACAGCUCACAGAAGCUGGAGAUGUGACAGAAGAGCAGUUCAAAGCAAAAUUUGAACAUAUGAAGAGAACUGGAGACUAUUAUGUUAUAGUGGUGGAAGACACAAAUCUUGGACAGAUUGUUGCCACCGCAACGCUUAUCAUCGAACACAAAUUCAUCCAUGCUUGUGCAAAGAGAGGACGUGUGGAGGAAGUGGUUGUAAGUGAUGUUUGCAGAGGAAAACAGCUCGGAAAAUUGUUGGUAUCGACAUUGACCCUCCUCAGCAAAAAAUUACAGUGCUACAAAGUAACUCUGGAGUGUGCAGCAAACAAUGUGGAAUUCUAUAAGAAGUUGGGCUACUCGGCAUCACAUGAAACUUACAUGCAGUGCCGUUUCUUUGACUGAACCCAGACGGAUCUAGAACAUUGUUGAAGAAUGUUCGCUGAAGAAUUGCGAGCUGUUGUGAGGUCUUUUCUCUAAAAUGGUUAAAUCAGACUACCUCAAAGUUGCACCUUUCAGCCAGCAAAAAAAAAAAGGAAAAACAAUAAGUCUUGACAGGUCUCAGUCACAAUAAAUAAAUAUUAUGUAAUGAGCAUUUUAAGUUUACUGUAACAGAACAAAAUUGAUUUUAAUGAAUGUUCUGUCUUAACUUCAGCAGUCAAUGUCAAGCACUUACAUUAACAUGUUCACUUUUUUUUUUUAUUGGAAUUUGCAAGAGAAGCAGAAGUAUAAUCUGAUCAUGUAUUGUACAAAUCACUAUGGCCUGUCAAAGAGAAAAGACACAAUUGGUUUAUCAUAUAUACUUGAAUAAUUUACCAUGAUAAUUUAAUACAGAGAUUAUCUUUUUGUAAGGUGAUGUAUUCACUUUUGAAAUAGUUUUAAUAAUAUGCUAUUUACAAACUGCAUGGUGAAGGUUUUACUCUUACUGUUAUGCUAUAUGUCCUUUGAAAUAUACUGAAACUUAAUCACAUAUUAUAAGUUAUUUAAGUGCAUUGAAUCUCAUAUUUUUCUGUCCUCCAGGUACUUGGCUUUAAUGUAGAGAACAAUGAUAUAAAAGUUUACAUUUAUUUAUUAUACUUAUGUAUUUGUCACAAGAAGUUGGCUUUAGUUUAAGCCACCGGUGAGGAGUUAUGUGCAAAACCAGAAUGAAGGCAAAUAAAUUAUUUUGUUGCAAAUUUUA